AUGGAGAAGGUUGCUUUGCAGCUGAUGCACGUGGAUCCCAGCACCGUGGGCAGCUACAACGGUCGGGGCGGUGUUGUCAGAUCCAGCAUCGAUGGAACGGGCUUCGUUGACUCGGCUGCUGGGGCGCCAAAAGAGCUGACGAUACAGUUCCACAACGAGAUGGCUUAUGCCACCGAGUAUCCCAAAUACGUCACGUUUGCAAUGGUGCGGCAAGCGGACACUGACGGCACUACCACCUUGGCGGACAACUUGGUUGUACAAGGCCGGCUUCCCGCGGGCCUGCUGGACAAAUUCCGCCGGCUGGGUGUGCAGUACAUAAGAUAUCUGCAUGAUGAGGCAGAGAGAGACGCUCCAGACUUCUACAACUCCUGGCAGGGAGCCUUUCAGGUGAAGAGCCUUGAGGAGGCCAUGCAGAAAGGCAACAAUAAAGCCAGUUUUUCCAUCCUCGAGGCUCAUUCAGAUGGCCGAAGACUCCGCCACACGCUUUGGUGUCCAGUCUUCCACCACCAUCCAGUCCACGGUGAGCUGUUCUUCAACUCGCUGCUGAACCGACACGGCUCUUGGCUCGACGGCCAUGCGGUCUUCGGAAAGCUGCCCAACAGCGAACGGCCUUAUCACUGCGUCUGGGGCGAUGGCACGGAGCUUUCUGAAGAGGAGCUUUCGGAGAUUCGCAAGGCUUACAGUGACAGCACA